AAUUAACUUCAGAUUAACAGAAGUGAAGUAAGUAAUUAGUUGGUUUAGUAAUUUUAAUUAUGAGUUGUAACAGUGGGAGUGAGCAAGGUUGGAGAAAAGGUCCAUGGACUCCUGAGGAAGACAAGCUGCUUAGUGAGUAUAUAAACUUGCAUGGUGAUGGAAGAUGGAGUUCUGUUUCCAAGUAUUCAGGCCUGAAUAGGAGCGGAAAGAGUUGCAGACUGAGGUGGGUGAACUAUUUAAGGCCUGGUCUUAAGAAAGGAAAUCUGACACCACAGGAAGAAGGCAUCAUCAUUGAGCUGCAUGCCUUGUGGGGAAACAAAUGGUCUACCAUUGCUAGAUACUUGCCUGGAAGAACAGACAAUGAGAUUAAAAACUACUGGAGAACUCAUUUCAAGAUCAAGACAAGGCCAUACCAGAAACAAGCCAGACGAAGAGCCGAAGGACAUGGGAUGCCAAACAAUUCUAUCCAACAAACAGCAGAAAAUGUUCAUUUUAUGAAGAAUGACAUACCGGCCACUCAGGAUGAUGAUCAUGGAGAGGUGAACAUAACUGAGAAAGUAGAUAUAACAACGCCGCCACAAGGCAAUCAAGAGAUGGGAUUUGCUCACCCGAAUAUGACUAAUUAUUAUCCGUCUUCAUCCCCUAUGAUUAAUUACUACAUUAAUCAAGAAAUUGCAUCUUGUUCAGACACAAUUACACUGGAUGACUUAUGGGGUAGCUUUUGGAACCUUGAUGAUCCGCAUACUGGGAUCCGCUGCUAGGGAAACAACUUGUACACUAACACACUAGUAAUCCAGAAAUCAAUUCUAUAAUUGUUUCUCUAGAUAGAUUAUUAAAAAUACAUUCGAUUGUAAGCAAAAGUGGCAUCAGCUAUUCUAUUACAGUAAUACUUUGUUUGGAGUCUUGGAGACAUUCUGUGCAUCUCAUAUUCCCCUUAUU